ACAGUGUGUACGCCGUGGCAUGCAGCCCUCUCCCGGGCGGCAGAGUGGCGUCGGGCGGCGGGGACGAUGUGGCGUACCUGUGGACCAUCGGGCAGGCGGACGACCCCAUUAAGCUCCAAGGGCACAGGGACAGCGUGGCGGCAGUGGAGUUCAGUGGGGACGGGCGGUGGGUGGCAACAGCAGGAAUGGACGGAGUGGUCAUGCUGUGGGACGCUGCCACGGGGGAGAGGCGCCACCGCCUGGAGGGGCCAGGGGAGAGCAUCGAGGUGCGCAUGGCACGGCCGGGUCUUCUCCCGUGCCCCGCCUUCCUCUCCAGUGCUCUCCCCACUGUUGUGUGGUUGUUGGGAGCUCUGGUUGCUGUGCCUGGUGUGGCAGACGCAGCUCACUCCCCUUCCUCUCUGCUCUGGCCCCGCCCCAUGCCCAUGUCCACCACUGCUUUCUUACGCCAUCUCUCGCCCCCUGCCAUCGCUACCUCUCCUGUUCCAACGCAGUUCCUGACGUGGCAUCCACGUGGCGCAGUGGUAUUGGCGGGGUCGGAGGACCUGACAGCGUGGAUGUGGAAUGCGGAGACGGGGGCGUGCAUGGCCGUCUUCACGGGGCACAGCGCUGGGGUCACCUGUGGGGCCUUCUCCCCCGAUGGCCGGGCGGUGUGGACGGGGUCAACGGACGGGUCGGUGCGCUGCUGGGACCCGCGCUCUGCCGCCACCACCGCCACCCUCACAGGCCCGUUGUUCCACAGCGAUGCCAUCACAUGCCUGGCUAUGGCGCCUCAGGGCGCAGUGGGCGCUGCUGGCUCCGCCGACCACACUGCUGCCCUCUUUGGCCUGCACCAGCCCAAGGUGUUGGGCAAGCUGGAGGGGCACACGGACUCGGUGGAGGCGGUUGUCUUCAACCCCCAGGGGCCAACAGUGGCGACGGCAUCACUGGACGGGUCGGUGCGCAUAUUUGACAUCAACUCACUGCAGCUGCGCUCCACCUGCACUCACCAGGACGGGGUGGUGCAGAUGGUGUGGGCGCCGGCAGCACCGGUUCUGGUGACGGCGACAGUGGAUGGAGCAGUGCAUGUGUGGGAUGCGCGCACGGGGGCCAUUCAGAAGACCCUGCGAGGGAACCGCGAUGCCGUGCUCUCCCUUGCCCUCACCCCGGACGGGGCCUUCGCUGUGACGGGGUCGGACGACCACACGGCCCGUGUCUUUGAGCUUUAA